AUGAAUAGUUUCUUCAAAACCCUGACCCAACAAACCGUCACAGUCGAGCUCAAAAACGACAUCUCUAUCCGCGGCACCUUGAAAUCCGUCGAUCAGUACUUGAACAUCAAGCUCGACGACAUCACGGUCCUGGAUGAACUGAAAUACCCGCACUUGUCCUCCGUGAAGAAUAUCUUUAUAAGAGGCUCGGUGGUGCGGUACGUGCACCUGCCGCCCGACAAGGUCGACAGGGGACUCUUGGAGGAUGCGUGUCGGAGAGAAGCCAUGAGUCAGAAGGGCAAAGGUACUUGA